AUGUCGGGAAUACCGUGGGAAAGCGAAGCAAGCCAAAACUUCAUUAUAGCAGAAUAUAUUGUCACAAAUGCCGUUAGACAAGAAUUGAGGAAUUUCUUUAUCAAGAAAUGGAACAAACGUUACCAGGCUUCUCUUGGGGCAUGGGAUGACACCAACGUGAGCGGCAGUCAGUUGUUUAAUCUGGAGAAAACACGAGCAAGGCCAAAUAAGACGACGCUCCAGUCCAAAUUUCAAAAUGGAAAUUCAAUUGAGUGGGAUUGCACUGUACUUUUUGAUGCAAUUCUUUAUUCCAACUCCAUUGGUACUGAUCUUACAACAACGGAAAAGACAGAAAUCGAUAAUCUAAGAGAGCUACGAAAUAAAUUAGCUGAUGACUUCCCUGAAAAGAAGAUGAAAGAAACUGACUUUCAAGCCAUGACAACAGAAGCUGAAAAUGCUUUGACUGCAUUAGGAUUGUCAACCAAUGAAGUCAUUCGAAUAAAGAACCAUUUUGCGUCCUUUGAGGUUCUGCCUCCAAAGACAACUCAUGACGUAGUUUCUCGUUCUGACCUGAUAUACGAAAUGAAACAUGAUCUUGAACGAUUGCGCAGCGAUAAUGAUGGUAAACUUACAUAUUUCUACAUCUCUGGGAAUCCAGGAAGUGGAAAAUCUCAACUCUCCAGACAAGUUUGUGAAGAUAUAUUCGAAGAUGUUAAUGCAAUGUUUGUGAUGACAAUCAACGGAAAAGAUUUAGAUUCACUAUUUUCUUCCUAUGAAGAAUUUGGUAGGAAGUUAAAUUGUAUCGAGAGUGCUAUACAAAGUGUUUCAAGUUCGUCUAAAACAAUAGAAGAAAAAAUCAAAGAUUUAAGAUCACAAAUAUGUUGCAAAAUUAAGAAUUGGAAGAAGUGGUGGAUCAUCGUAGACAAUGUGGAAAACGUAGAUCUUAUAUCUCCACUACUUCCUCAGAGAGGAGACAAAGGUUGGAAUAACGGCCAAAUUAUUUUAACAACACAAAAAACAGACGCUGUACCUGAAGACAGUUUGUCAACUAAGCAUGUUUCACUUAAUCUCGGUAUGAAUGAGCAAGAAUGUCGCGAGCUGCUUUUCCUGAUAUCUGGUAUUGAAGUAAAUGAUCCAUUACUAGAUGAGGUGGCAGAGAGGUUAGAUCGUCAACCUCUGACCAUGGCUGCGGCAGCUGUGUAUAUGAGACAAGUCAUCAAGAGUAACCCAAAUUUUUCGUGGCGAGAAUAUUUGGAAAAGCUUGAGAAAGGUAAAAGAGGAUUAACGGAAGAACGUCUUCGGCAGAUGAACUCAUCAGCAUAUUCCUCGACCAUGUCCACAGCAGUGCUUUUAGCUGUUGCAAAAUGUGCAGAAAAUAACACAUUUCUUAAACACGCAUUCAACCUUUUUUCUUUGAUAUCGUUUGAAGCAUUCCCACUUGAUCUUGUUGUAAAAUAUAUUCAGCAGCAAGAAAAUGAGCUUGAUGCUGAGGAUAUAAUUUCUUCACUAAAACUCUGCUCAUUGUUUGUACAUGUUGUUAAUGGCGAUUAUAUCCGCCUACAUCGUGUUGUUCAUGAAGCGGUCAAAACAUUUUUUUAUUUGACGAAAACUAAGAAUGAUAAUAAUUCAAAAAAUUUAAUUUACACCGCUAAAACAUUGAAUUACUAUAGCGACAGAGAAGAUAAAAUCAAAAUGAUUCCGCAUUUGAAAGCAUUUCACGAAAGUAUUAAUCAUAGCACGCUUUUUCCCGAUGAAGCGCUAUAUGAAAUAAGCUUGAAAUUUGAAAAAGGAAAAAUUUGUCAAGUAUAUGAGUUUUUUGGGAAUAUCCUUUUUCACUUCUCUGAGUUCGAGCUGUCAAUGCAAUUUCAUCACCUGACGCUGAAAAUUCGUUUGGAACAAUUAGGGCCGAAUCAUACUGAUGUUGCAACUUCAUACAGCAAAUUGGGUGCUGUGUGUUAUAAGAAAGGUGAUCUGGAACAUGCUGAUGAUUAUUAUCAACGGGCACUGAAAAUUCCUUUAGAACGAUCAGACCCGAACUAUACCGACGUUGCUACUUCAUACAGCAAAUUGGGUGCUGUGUGUUAUAAGAAAGGUGAUCUGGAACACGCUAAUGAUUAUUAUCAACGAGCGGUGAAAAUUAGCUUAGAACGAUUAGGACCGAAUCAUGCUGACGUUGGCGAAUCAUUCAGCAGAUUGGGUGAUAUUUGCCGUAAGAAAGGUGAUCUGGAACAUGCUAAUGAUUAUUAUCAGCUGGCGCUAAAAAUUCGUUUAGAACGAUUAGGGCCGAACCAUACUGACGUUGCAACUUCAUGCAUCAACAUUGGUGAUCUUUGCCGUAAGAAAGGUGAUCUGGAACACGCGAAUGAUUAUUAUCAACGGGCGCUGGUAAUUCGUUUAGAACGAUUAGGACCGCAUCAUGCUGACGUUGCCGAUUUAUUCAGGAGAUUAGGUGAUGUUUGCCGUAAGAAAGGUGAUCUGGAACAUGCUAAUGUUUAUUAUCAACGGGCACUGAAUAUUCGUUUAGAUGGAUCAGGACCGAACCAUACUGACGUUGCCGAUUUAUACAGCAAAUUGGGUGCUGUGUGUUAUAAGAAAGGUGAUCUGGAACAUGCUGAUGAAUAUUAUCAAUGGGCACUGAAAAUUCGUUUAGAAGCAUUGGGGCCGAACCACACUGAUGUUGCUACUUUACACAGCAAAUUGGGUGCUGUGUGUUAUAAGAAAGGUGAUCUGGAACAUGCUAAUGAUUAUUAUCAACGGGCACUGAAAAUUCGUUUACAAGGAUUAGGGCCGAACCAUAGUGAUGUUGCUACUUCAUACAGCAAAUUGGGUGCUGUGUGUUAUAAGAAAGGUGAUCUGGAACAUGCUAAUGAAUAUUAUAAACGGGCACUGAAAAUUCGUUUAGAGGGAUUAGGGCCGAACCAUACUGAUGUUGCUACUUCAUACAGCAAAUUGGGUGCUUUGUGUUAUAAGAAAGGUGAUCUUGAACACGCUAAUGAUUAUUAUCAACUGGCGCUGAAAAUUCGCUUAGAACGAUUAGGACCGAAUCAUGCUUACGUUGGCGAGUCAUUCAGCAGAUUGGGUGAUAUUUGCCGUAAGAAAGGUGAUCUGGAACAUGCUAAUGAUUAUUAUCAACGGGCGCUGGUAAUUCGUUUAAAACGAUUAGGACUGAAUCAUGCUGAUGUUGCCGAUUCAUACUGCAGAUUGGGUGAUGUUUGCCGUAAGAAUGGUGAUCUGGAACAGGCUAUUGAAUAUUAUCAACAGGCGUCGGGAAUUCAAUUAGAACUAUUGGGGCAGAAUCAUACUGAUGUUGCUAUUUCAUGCAACAACCUGAGUUUGCUGUAAAAGGGUAAUCUGAAACAUGCUGAUCAUUACUAUCAACUAACGUUGGAAAGUCAUUUAGAACGAUUAAGGCGGAACCACACUGACGUUGCUACUUUUUAGAAAACCUUUGUGAUGUCUAUUGCAAAAAAAUGAUCUGCAAAAUGCUUAUAAUUGUCAUCAAGGCGCGCUUUUUCGAAUUAGUUUUAUCCAGGCUUUUCAGCUGUUUUGGAAACAAACAGCUAAUUAACACCUUAUUCAUUUAUUUUCUAUUUUACGUAUAAGUUUGCCUAAGUAGAUCGUUUUUCUUAUGAA